UGAUUCAUGAUUCAUGAUUCAUCGGAGGCGUUUGAGAACAACACCUCUCUUGUUUACAAUAGAACACCGUCCCCUGGUGACGCCGGCCGGUCGGUUAACCGGAACUCUCCGCGAUGUGACUGGAUGUGAAGAGACUCCAUGGAGCAGCUGGAGGAGAGGAGAUAAUGCUAUAAAGUAGAGGCACUUUUAAGGCAGAAUGUCCUCGGGCCACAGGCAGAGGGACGUGGAGCAGCAGCGCCUCCUGCUGGACGGGGAGGAGGAAACGGAGGCGGAGUCAACAACGGCGGAGAGGAGUUCCCGCAGCGAAGCCGAGCGACGCCUCUGGUUCAUCCAGGACUGCUGCGGCAUGGUGUGCGCCUUCAUCACCUGGUUCCUGGUCUUCUUCGCUGACUUCGUGGUCACCUUCGUCAUGCUGCUGCCCUCCCGGAGCUUCUGGUACGCCGUGGUCAACGGGGUGGCGUUCAACAGCCUGGCCGUGCUGGCGCUGGCCUCGCACCUCCGCACCAUGCUGACCGACCCGGGAGCCGUUCCUAAAGGAAACGCCACUAAGAAGUACAUGGAGAGUCUGCAGCUGAAGCCCGGAGAGGUCAUCUACAAAUGUCCAAAAUGCUGCAGCAUCAAACCGGAGAGAGCUCAUCACUGCAGUAUCUGUAAGCGCUGCAUCCGUAAGAUGGACCACCACUGUCCCUGGGUCAACAACUGUGUUGGGGAGAAAAACCAGCGCUUCUUCGUCCUCUUCACUAUGUACAUCGCUAUGAUCUCCAGUCACGCUCUGGCUCUCUGUGGAUACCAGUUCGUCACCUGCAUCAGAGUCCAGUGGAGAGAGUGCAGUGAUUUCUCCCCCCCGGUGACGAUGAUGCUGAUGAUCUUCCUCUGCAUGGAGGCCCUCCUCUUCUUCACCUUCACAGCUGUAAUGUUCAGCACUCAGCUCCACUCCAUCUGCAACGACGAGACGGAGAUCGAGCGUCUGAAGAACGAGAAGCCGACGUGGGAGCGUCAGACUCGCUGGGCGGGGCUGCGCUCGGUGUUCGGAGGUCUGCCCUCGCUGCUGUGGAUCAGCCCCUUCGCUGGACUCAAACUACCAACCCUUCUCCCCAGACGCACCUGGAAGGGCGGGGCGGAGUUCUCCGUCUGACCGGCCGUCAAUCAAACCAACCUCAGAGGAGGCGUUUCAUGAGUCCAACCCGACCUCCAGGAUGAGAGGAGGCUCUGAGAACAGAUUCAGACUCAAGAGUCUCAGUGUUUUUAUUUUUCUCAUUAAGAUGCUGGAACUUCUCCGAUUGAUUAUCACGACUCUGAUGUUUUCUUGUCUUUAUCAACAUAAAAUGAUUAUUAUCACACGAUUAUAAUAAUGACUCUUCCUUUGUCUUGAUUUAUUGAUAUCAUAUAUUUUAAAAGCCCUGUGGAGUUUUCUUCUAACCAAACAGUAGUUGUGUUUACAUUCAGUGAUUCUCACUAAAACACCAAAAUCAUUUAUUUAUUUCCUCAUAAAAGUGUUAUUGAAGUAUCGGGGAGGAAUGUGGAUCAUCUACAUCCUGGUACUCGAGAUCAACGAAACAGGGACCCACAUGACGCUACUGACGGUCUAAAACUCCACAGGAACCUUUAAGAAAUCAUGUUCUAAAAUUAAAAGCAUGCUAAAAAAAUAUCAAAACACCGUUCAUUUUCCUUCCUUACAAUAUU